CAGAGCCCAUUCGCCAUUGUAGAGCAGAGAAGGGGUAAUAUUCUCUCCAGACGUUACACGGUGUGUGAAUGUUUUGGACUAACUUAAACACAUCACACCGCUGCCAACCUCCCCAGCCGUUUGACAUCCCCUGUUUUCACCUCCCGAAAGGACUGUUGUCGACCGUUUGAGACCGGGCGAGGAGAUCAACGCCUGGAAAUACGCUGUGAUUAUAGGGCCAACCCCGGAGAGAGGAAAAAUAACGUUAACCGGCAGCGGUGGCAGGAGAGACCGUGGACAGUAAUAACAGCGAUCAGCUCGGGCUCCUGGAGGAUGUCUGCGACAACUGUCGAUCAGAGACCUAAAGGACAAGGAAACAAAGUGCAAAACGGUUCAAUGCAUCAGAAGGAUGCUGUAAAUGAUGAUGAUUUUGACAAUUACCUGAGCAGCCAGACAAAUCAGAGUAACAGCUACCCACCAAUGUCCGAUCCCUACAUGCCCAGCUAUUAUGCUCCAUCUAUUGGAUUCCCUUACUCCUUGGGAGAGGCUGCCUGGUCCACUGCAGGAGACCCCCCUAUGCCCUAUCUCACCACCUAUGGACAGAUGAGCAACGGUGAACAUCAUUUCAUUCCAGACGGAGUCUUUAGCCAGCCUGGCGCUUUAGGCAACACGCCCCCUUUUCUCAGCCAACAUGGAUUUAACUUCUUUCCUGGAAAUGCAGACUUUUCCACCUGGGGCACCAGUGGUUCUCAGGGACAGUCUACACAGAGCUCUGCAUACAGCAGCAGCUAUGGCUAUCCCCCCAGCUCAUUGGGUCGGGCCAUAGCUGAUGGACAGGCGGGAUUUGGCAGUGACACUCAACUUAGUAAAGUUCCAGGGCUCAGUAGUAUUGAUCAGGGUAUGGCUGGGCUGAAGCUCGGUUCUGACAUGUCUGCUGUUACGAAAACGGUGGGGUCUCCUUUAGGAGGAACAGCUGGCAUGAGUUGCAUGGCUGCUAAUAGCAUGCCACCUGUCAGCUCCUCUGCACCCAAACCCACCUCAUGGGCGGCUAUCGCAAGAAAACCUGCGAAACCCCAGCCCAAGUUGAAGCCAAAACCCAACAUAGUUUUGGGAAGCGGUGCAACAAUCCCUCCUCCACCAAUAAAACAUAACAUGAACAUUGGAACCUGGGAUGACAAAGGCUCCAUCACCAAACCCCCUCUUACUCAGCAGAUGCUGCCCCCUCAGCCCUUGAUGCAGCAGCAACUCUUACCCCAACCCAUGCUGCAUAACACAUUGGCGCCUCAACACCAGCAGCUCCAGCUGCAAUCACCCCAAACCCCUCAGCAGCUGCCCCCAGGUCCUCCUCACCAUCCCUCACAACCUGGUCCUCCCAUGCACCCACCACAGCAGCAGAACCCACCACCCCAAAACCGUUGGGUGGCUCCUCGGAACAGAGGAACCACCUUCAACCAAAACAUUGGAGUGGAGAACUUUGGCCUUGGGACGGGAGUCCCCAUGAGCUCAUCGCCCUCUUCUGGUGAGGUUCAUCCUGUUCUGGAGAAACUCAAGGCCCUCAACAAUUACAACCCCAAAGACUUCGACUGGAAUUUGAAAAACGGACGAGUCUUUAUCAUCAAGAGCUACUCUGAGGAUGACAUCCACCGCUCCAUUAAGUACUCUAUUUGGUGCAGCACAGAGCAUGGAAAUAAGCGUCUUGAUGGUGCCUACCGUUCACUUGGUGCCAAAGGUCCGCUAUACCUACUCUUCAGUGUCAACGGGAGUGGACACUUCUGCGGCGUUGCCGAAAUGAAGUCGACCGUGGAUUAUAACGCAUACGCUGGAGUCUGGUCCCAGGAUAAGUGGAAGGGCAAGUUUGAGGUGAAAUGGAUCUUUGUUAAGGAUGUGCCUAAUAACCAACUGAGGCACAUUCGUUUAGAGAACAAUGAUAACAAGCCUGUCACCAACUCCAGGGACACUCAGGAAGUGCCCCUAGAGAAAGCAAAGCAAGUGCUUAAAAUUAUUGCAACUUUCAAGCAUACCACCUCAAUCUUUGACGAUUUUGCACAUUACGAAAAGCGCCAGGAGGAAGAGGAAGCCAUGCGAAGGGAGCGAAAUAGAAAUAAACAGUAGGUUUACAGUGAUCUCCCUGAUAGAACGUCAACACUAAUGAUGUAGAAACGUAACUAUUGCAUAACCUCAGAGGAAGAAGGGGAUCUGACACCAUUUCUGCAGAAGACGAUGUAUGAACCCUUAUCACGACAGUGGACUAUGGAUCGACCCUUAUGCUCAAGUCUCGCACGAAACAGAAAGAAAAUCACUCACGUAAACUGUAUCUUUAAGCACUUUCAGCCCUUCUAAAAGCUUCUUCCAGUACCCUUAACUCAUUGGACAUCUGUUUGGUAUUAACUGACUAACCAGUGUAGUUGGGUCUGAGGAUUUCAAAUGUAUUUUUAGGCUUAUUGUUUUGUCUGUUUUGUUUUUGUAAAUCCUUCAAAUUUUAGCGCUUUAUAAAUUUGAGCACACUCAGAGGAGAUGAGAACUUAUUUGUCCAUGGAAAGAAAAAUAUAUACUUGAAUCUACGUGAAACUGUAAAAAAACGUAAUUGAGGCGCAGAAAAACGUGCGUCCUACCUGACUGACUCCACGGUAGCCCAUUCACCUUUGUGUAUCAGCAUCUGUGUACCAAAAAAUAAUUAUGCUGCUUGGUGGAGAAUGACACCAGCCAAUUUACAUUUGUAUUGUUUUAUUUUAUGUAUUUUGUUGCAAUCGUGUCAUUUUGAAGUGCAUUUGUCUUAGGAGAAACCUGCUCAGAAAUGCCAUAAGUCCUCUGAAAGGCCAUGCUGUUCAGGAGAACAUCUGUAUCGUAUCUGCUGCUUAUCGGGAUUCAGGCAAUUAUGGACACCCACCAAGAACUUGACAGUUUUCUCUUAUGGAUGACUUGCUAGCUAAAAUAAACAUCCAUGUUUAGCGAUUCCACGUUUUGAGUUUUUACUUUCAGAAGGUGCCGUUAACCCCUUAUUUUAAUGGAUGCGAAACAUCAUUCGUAUUGUCCAAAUUUGUAUUGCAUGAGAACUUCCGGUUUUGUCGUUUGCAACUAUAUACAACGCAUUAUUCUCAUGCAAAUGAAAACGGUCUAUUUAGGUCUUGAUUAUAUUGAUUGAAUGAUACAGUAAUAUCGUUACUAUGGCCUGACGUUACAGUCCAAAUGGUCCCUGAUGGGGUCCAGUGGUACAAGCUGCCAGUGUCUUGAAAUCACACCCCUCCAUAAGAUGAUGUUCAAAUAUACGAGUAAUGCAGAGUAAUUACUGUCUCUGCUAGUUCCUGUUUGCUCAAUGGAAGCUGCCUUCAGAAACCACAAAAGACUGCUCUUGCUUCAGGAAGAUGUGGGUAAGAAGAACCAGACCCAAUGAUGGAACAGGCAGCGCCUGGGUCUAAAUUAAUUGGACGAUGGCACUGCUGCAAAAAGAGAUGCCUUCCGCCCCUUUCUCUGUGUGCUUUGAUUUAAGGCCAUGUUUGUAUGGGUUACUGUAAAUUAAUGCUACUUUAUGAUGCUGAUGCUAAUCAAGAUAUGAUGUGAUUAAUAUGAUUUCAAAAAUAAAAAUAUAGAUUUAUGGAA